AACUAUGGAUACGGCGGCGGGUAUUCGACGACCAGCUACGGAGCGCAAGGCGGGGCAGAAGGAGGAGGUUUCAUGGGAGGAUCGCAACAAGGGAGCCAAGACAGCCCUGGCGGAAGCAGAACCUACGGAAAAGACACAUUACGACCCGUCACGAUCAAGCAAAUCAUCGAUGCCGUCCAGCCCCAUCCCGAUAGCGACUUCAAGAUCGACGGCUCAGAAUUAACACAAAUAACCUUCGUCGGCCAAAUCAACUCUAUCUCUACCCAAACCACAAACACAGCCUACAAAGUCGACGACGGCACGGGCCUAAUUGAAGUGAAGCAAUGGAUUGACAGCGACGCGGACGCCUCUACUGCUAAACCACGACCGAAAGAAGGCGAAUACCUGCGUGUCUUUGGCCGUAUCAAAGCCUUCAACAACAAGCGCCACGUCGGGGCACACCUUAUCCGUCCCAUCACAGAUUACAACGAGGUUAAUUACCACUUGUUAGAGGCUACGGCUGUGCAUUUGUACUUCACGAGGGGACCACCGGAGGGAGCGGCGAAUGGGGUGAAGAAUGAGGGGGGCAUGUUUGUUGAUGGUGGUGUGAGCAAUGGAGCCCCGGCGAAGGGAGGAAAGUUACCGGCGAAGAUAACUGGGGUGGGAAGGAAGGUGUAUGAGCUUUUGCAGAGCGAGCCGCAGAAUAAUGAGGGGCUGCAUGUCAAUAUGAUUGCGCAGAAGUUGGGGGUUCCGAGUAAUGAAGUGUUUAAGGCGGGCGAUGUGUUGUUGGGUGAGGGAUUGAUUUAUACGACGGUUGACGAUGAGACGUGGGCUGUGCUGGAGUACUAGAGGAGGGGUGGGAAGAAUUGGCGUUAUGGGUUGGCUUUGGAAGGCAUCUGGCAUGGAGGGAUGGAUGUUCUGAGCAGAUGCUGGAUUGUAUGAAAUAGCAAAAUCACGAAAACAUGGCUGCACGUCGAAUUGAUACCAAUUUGGAUUCUGCUAUGCGAAUGCUACCCGGGGGAGCAGUAACACUACUCCGAGAACAGUAAUAUCAAAAACUCCAACUGGCCCAAUGCUGUCAUGACUCAGCAAGU